AUGCACAGAGAAAUUCGAGGUAUCUUCCACCACUACUUUAUGCCUUUACGCCAUGACGGCGUGCAGAUAUCAUGGGUGGGUCGAGAUUUAGAGCGAGAUCGUCAACAGUUGGAACGUCAAGAAAAGCAAAUAGAAGCUGAGAUUCGAAAAGCUGGAAAAGCCAACAAUGUCACUGCUGCAAAGACUCUCGCCAAACAACUGAUUAGAGUGAGAAAGCAAAAGGAAAAAAGCUAUUCAAUGUCAGCACAAAUUAGUGGUGUAGGCCAUCGCACAACUGCUAUUGCUUCGACGGUCGCUAUUUCAGGUGCAAUGGCUUCGACAGCCAAAGUUAUGAAGACGGCGAAUAAGCAGAUGGACAUGCAGAAAUUACAACAGGCACGCAAAAAGCAGAUCGAGUUUUCGACAACAAUGCAAUUUGAGCAAGAAUCAAUGAAGAUGGAUAUGAAGGAGGAGAUGAUGAACGACGCCAUUGAUGGCCUUGAUGAUGAGGAAGAUGAAGACGAAAGCGACAACAUCAUGAACCAGGUCUUGGACGAAAUUGGAAUAAGUAUUGGUCAGCAAAUUCCAAAUGCUCACCGCAGUGCGCUUCCAUCAACCGCGUCCAAGGUGAAUGCCGAAGACGAUGAAUUGAUGAGGAGGAUGACAUCUUUGAAGAACAGCUGA